AUGCCUUUGAUCAUAAAUGGCCCGAUGCCCUGGCAUGAUGGCGAAGAUACGAUGCAUCAUCUACUUAAGGUGCCCGACUUUGACAACCCAUCGGUGCCAUAUUUGAGUCCCAGAGCGGGAGACUUCUUACAAAGGGCACCCCUUGUUGCACUCGGUACGCUAGAUGCAGAGGGACGGCCAUGGUCGACACUAUGGGGUGGCCAAGCAGGCUUCGCGGGCCCCAUCGCUGAGUCUAUCAUUGGGCUUCGGACACUAGUUGACAGCAAAGGCGACCCUGUGGUCAAAGAAUUACUCGGCAAUCAGAAUGGAACGACUAAUGAGGAUCCGUCCUCGCCAUCAGGGAAAAUGGUUUCUGGAUUGGCGAUUGAUUUGGAAAAUCGACUAAGGGUGAAACUAUUUGGCCGAAUGAUGGCAGGAUCACUAAACGACGGAGAUGUGGCACAAGCACAACUAGUUGUUAAGAUCGAAGAAAGUCUCGGGAAUUGUCCCAAAUAUCUAAACAAGAAGCACAUUUUCCCCGCUCAAUCGGCCCCGACAAUACUUGCCGAUACACCCCAAUUGACUCAAGCAGCCAUCGAACUACUGUCCCGCGCAGAUAUGAUAUUCAUCUCCUCGGCUCAUGGAAAAACAGACAUGGAUACGAAUCAUCGUGGUGGACCUCCAGGUUUCGUACGAGUCGAAUCCAAUAGCUUAAGCGGCGCAGUGCUCGUCUAUCCCGAAUAUUCAGGAAACCGACUUUACCAAACACUAGGAAAUCUGCAGGUUAACCCUCGAGCCGGAUGGGUGAUUCCAGACUUCGAAUCCGGAGAUGUUCUCUACGUCACGGGCGAUACGCAAAUACUCGUCGGCAAAGAAGCCGCCGAAGUGUUACCGCGAUCCAACCUUGCCAUACGACUGACAAUAACAGCGGCAAGAUUCGUGCGAAAUGGGUUAGCUUUUCGUGGCGUGCCCGGCGAGCUCUCUCCGUAUAACCCAGCCGUCCGCUUUCUUCCAACGGAGAAGGGAAUCCCUGAUGCCGAGGCAGCUGGGGAUAUGACAGCGACCCUGAUUAAGAAAGAGACCAUCACACCAACGAUCAAACGAUUACGAUUCCGUGUCUCGAGCUCUAACCCCAUUUCCUGGAUCCCGGGACAAUAUGCCACGAUUUCAUUCGAGGAGGAGUUGAAUAUGGGUUAUAGCCAUAUGCGCGAUGACGACCCGAGCAGUUUGAACGAUGAUUAUAUUCGAACAUUCACCGUAUCCUCGUACCCAGGCCGAAAUCUCCCCGCUAACGAGUUCGAGCUGACGGUUCGUCUCCACGGCAAAGUUACCGAUUAUCUUUUCCGUGCGAACGAGCAGGCGGGACUGAAAGUGCCCCUCAAAGGAUUUGGAGGUACUUUUCGUUUGUCCACAGAUAAUGACAAGAUUCUACCCUUCGUCGCGGGUGGAAUUGGUAUCACACCUCUGAUUGGGCAACUUCCAGAUCUUGAUAUUGGUCGUCUGCGCCUGUUUUGGUCGGUAUCGAUUCAUGAUAUGGAGCUGGUGCAUGAUAUAUUCCAGCGAUGGCCCCAGUUGGCUACUUCCACCACACUUUUUGUUACCGGUCCUAGUUUGGAUAUUGAUGAUCGUCUUGGCUCAGUAUAUGAUACCAUCCAGGCGUCCGGCGCACGUAUUGAGGAACGCAGGAUGCAGGCUGAUGAUUUGGAUCCUUCGUUGGCUGAAAUUUGGUAUCUAUGUGCAGGAACUGGAUUGCAAAAAAGGGUUCUGACUUGGUUGGAGGGGAAAAAGGUCCUCUAUGAAGACUUUAAUUAUUAA